CCUGCUCUGGGCUCGACUCGCACUAGCUGCUCGUCGAGACGACACGGCACAGAGAACGUGUGAGUCCAAGCCACCGGCCACUCUGCUGCCUCGUCCUGGUACUUUGCUUUCCACUGCCUCCCGCCACCCAUUCGGGAAGCCCAUACCAGGACGACCGCAGUGACCGCGCUACGGGGCUUGGGACUCGGGAGCACUCUCCUUCGCCGUCGGGUGGGCCACGGAGCAAGCAGCCACGCUGGAGGAAGACGGGGACGACAUGCAGGCGGCCAGCGCGCUGUCGUGGUGCGCGACCAACGUGAGUCCGUACGUGGCGACGCUGGUGGCGAGCCUGGCGUACGCCAGCCUGUACGCGCUGGUGCCGCACCUGGUGACCACGGUGGUGGCGCCGCGCUGCUUCGCGCCCGACUGCUACGACUUCCCCAACGAGCUGGCCAUGGCCAUGGACGCCAGCGUGGACCCGUGCACCGACUUCUACCAGUUCUCGUGCGGCCGAUGGAGCAAGGUGCACCCGGUGGACACGAACCAGUUCACGAGCCUGCAGCGCAAGAUCUUCUUCAGCCUGUACACAGACAUCCGGCGCCAGCCGAGCUUGGCGCAGAGCCGCUCGGGCGAGAAGUCGGCGCAGGCUCUGCGCAUGUGCGAGGACAUCUUCGCGAACCGCGAGGAGAACCUCGAAGGGCUGCGCGCGUUCCUCGGCGACCACGGCCUGGGCUGGCCCGACGCGCCGCUCGAGUCGGCUGAGUUCAACGUGCUCGACACGCUCGUCGGGCUCAGCCUGGAGUCCGACGUGCACGUCUUGUUCCAGGUGAAACUGGUGCCCAACUUCAGGCAGGACGACCGCCUCAUCCUGUCGCUGAGCCAGAACCAGGGGCUCAUGCUCUGGUUCCAGCACCGGGCGCUGCACCUGCCGGGCGCCGCCCUGGGCAAGAUGCUGCUGCAGCUCGCCGCCGCGCUGGGCACCGCGGGACAGGACUACACGUCGCUGGUCGAGGACAUGGUCCAGAUGGACACCGACCUCAUGUCCAUGUACUUCGAGUACAAAGAGAAGGACCUCAUCGGCUACUCGCAGUUCCAGGUGUGGCAUCCCCGUCGCUGUCAAAGACGUCAUCUCUAGAGCCAGCUAAGAACGCCAGAGACCAGUUGAGAGGUUGUGCCGGAUCACGCCUCACAAAAAAGCUUUCUUCAGCGCAAGACUGAAACAGGCAUCACACUCAGGAGAACGGCCAACUUUGAGCAGUUCAUGUUAUUCGAAACUAGACUUCUUGGCAGAAAUCAGGACGUCUUUCUUUCUUUUUUGCUCAGUAAAUAAAUAUUGCUACUAAAGUCACAGAUCCGAACACCACAGCGAAAUAUAAAGAACGGGCGCCAUUUUACAAUGUCGCAGUUACUAGCUGCCACAUUGCCUUGCGCCAUCUUAAAGUUUGAGAAGAGCCAGCUUGCUCAACAGUGCGAGUUGCUAAAAUACAAGCACUGAUAUAAAUUUUCAUACGCACACGGCUUGCAAAUGCCCUAGCGUUCUCUUAGUAGUGCGAAUGCCUCCAGAGCGCUUUCAAUCUACCAGUGAGUGUAUACCGCGCAUAGGUACUGGCAUUGUUCAGAACCACCGCUUAGAAGCAUGAAUUACACCGACUGCACUGCGGAAAACUAUGUCGUUUGAAGAUCUCUUUUGCGGUUCAGGUAAGAAUGAGCACACUUAAGCAGGCACAGGUUUGCUGCUUCGAAUGUAUUUUGACUAGCGCUCACACAAGCAUAGAGCCUCCAUGCGUUUGUGCUGUUUACAGCACG